AUGACUCACAACCCGUUACUUGAGCCGCAACAUUACGCGACCCCCCAGUCCAAGUCAGACGGACCACCUGCCACAUACCAUGCCGCGCAACGCACUCUUAAAGGUUAUGACUACGUGAUUGUGGGAGCGGGCGCAGCAGGAUGUGUCCUUGCCAGCAAGCUUUCCGAAGACAAAGACACUUCCGUCCUUCUCCUUGAAGCAGGAGCUGACAGUGCCAAUGUACUUCAGGCGAAGGUUCCGCUCAUGUCUACACAGAUGUUCCACAGUGAAUAUGACUGGGCCUACUUUACAACUGAGCAACCUAAUCUUGGAUCCCGUCAGAUUUACUGGCCUCGUGGGCGCAUAAUGGGAGGCUCAACAUCAAUGAAUACUAUGAUGUAUCAUCAUGCCUCCUCAUCAGACUACGAUGAAUGGGUAUCCGUUCAUGGAUGUAAAGGCUGGGGAUACGAUGAUCUUUCUCCAUACUUUCGUCGUAUGGAGAAAUUUACUCCUAACCCGGCACGACCUGCGAUAAAUACCGAACAUCGUGGAUCCGAUGGCAUGUGGGAUACUGGCUACUCUUACGUGACUGAGAUUGCUGAAAAAGCCUUUCUCCCCUCUUGCGAGGCUGUGGGCAUUCCCAUUAACCCAGAUAUCAACACGAAAGACGGCACACUUGGUGCAACUCUCAUUCAAAGCAAUAUUGACCAAAAAGGGCAACGGGCCUCGAUGUCAACGGCGUUCCUCGCACCAGAGGUGCUAAAGCGACCUAAUCUCCAUGUUGCAUGCCAUGCCCAUGUAACCAAAGUGCUUUUCGACACUAUUACAACAGAAGCCCCUACUGCAAUUGGCGUUCAAUUGAAGAAGACUCGCGAUGGCGAGUUCUUUAAUGUUCAUGCACGCCGAGAAGUCAUUCUCUCUGGUGGCUCCGUCAACACUCCGCAGACCCUAUUGCUGAGUGGUGUUGGUCCUGCUGAUGAGCUGACUAGCCUUGGAAUACCGGUUGUUCGAGACAACAGCGCAGUGGGGAAAAACUUGAAAGACCACCUCACCACACUGCCAAUUAUUUGCAAAGCCAACCCUUUGUAUACGUUGGAUUAUCUCAAGACCCCUAUGAAAGCCCUGCCUGCCCUCCUUCAAUGGAAACUGUUUGGGACUGGACCGCUGACCCACAAUGUUGGCGAAAGCGCUGCGUUUAUCCGAUCAGCGGAUUUUGAAUUCCCGGAAUCAUCAAUUGGGCACCCAGUGGAUGUCACAUCAGGACCUAAGGGCCCUGACCUCGAGUUACUUGCCGUCCCACUGAUGUAUGGUGAUGGAGUGGCCCCUGAUGGUGGAGGCGCUAUCACCACAGGCGCGAUUCAUCUUCGCCCACUAAGUACAGGAACUAUUACUCUUAAGAGUAGAGAUGCAUUUGAGCCACCAAUCAUCGAUCCGAAGUAUCUAUCAGACGAGUCUAACAACGAUUUGAAAGCUGCCGUGGCGGGUACACGAGUUGCGCUCAGGGUAAGCCGAGCUGCACCUUUCCAAAAGUAUCUGGAGCCAGUGCCUGUGAACGACGACCCGACGUCGUUCUGGUGGCCUUACUCUUGCAGCGAUAUUGAGAAAGUCAAGGAUGAGGAUAUUAUCCGCAACAUCAAGGAAAAAGCAUUCACUCUUUACCACCCCGUGGGCACGGCACGCAUGGGUCCAGAUCCAGCUACCAGUGUUGUCGACUUGCAAUGCAAAGUCCACGGAGUCAAGGGACUCAGAGUCAUGGACGCAAGUGUGUUCCCAGAACAGAUUAGUGGGCACACAAGUGCUCCUGUUGGUGCUUUGGCAUUCAAGCUUAGUGAGAUGAUUCGAGAGGGAAACUAG